AUGGCAUCAACUAAAAAAGAUUUAUCAUCUCCGAUACUUUUUAUCGAAAUUCUACAAGAAAUAUUCGAACAUUUUCGUGACUUACAAACAUUAUUUUCGUGUCUUUUAGUGAAUCGACAAUGGUGUCGCGCUGUUAUUCCGAUGCUUUGGCGAGAUCCAUUUGUAAAAGGACCAUCGCCAAAAAUUAUUCAACUUUAUAUGAGAUCUUUACCAGAAUCGGCUCGUUGUCGCCUAAUGGAAGCUGGCAUUAGACAAAUUUCCGAUCUCACCGGACCCCCUACUUUUGCAUACCAUUCUAUUCUAAAACGUUUGAGAUUUGGUGAUAUUUUCAAUUCUAUUACUGCAUGGCUAGUACCACAUAAAAUAAAAGUGGAUAUUCAAGAUAAAAUUAUGAUCUCUGAAGUCUUACGUGAAAUCUUGACUUUAAUUUUACAAUCUGCUGAUUCCUUGGAUGAAUUGAUAAUCGAAAUCUAUAAAGCUCAAUUUGUUGAAAUGUCUAAAAAUAAUUUUGUUUUCCCCGAAUUUGACGGUGUCGAUCAAUCUCUUAAGAAAAUUCGAAAAUUUCACUUUAAAGGUGACUAUUUAAGUCAAGACCUUUGGAAACCGAUGACCGAAAAAAUUACGGAAAUUACGCAUUUACGUGUAGAAAGCAUAUUCGAGAACGAUCCAGAAUCUACAGCGAAUUUCAUCAAGCAACAAAAAAAUUUGGCACAUCUCUGCCUUUCUUUUGGUGGAUCUUGGAGAGCUUUGACUUCACUAGCUUCAAUGGGAAAGUCAAUUAAGACUUUAAGUUUUUUUAAAUUAGAUUUUGAAUUUAUCGACGAAAUGGCAAUCAAAGGAUUGAAAUCUUGCAUUAAUUUAAGAGCACUCGAUCUAGAAUAUUGCUUAAAUUGCGAUUCGAUCGGAUUAAUCGAGGCGGUCAAAUCUUUUCAAAAUUUGAAAUAUUUUGCUUGUUUAUCAGAACGUCGAACAAUGCCAACUGAAAUUGUGAAGACGGUGCUCGAAACGAGUGGAAACAAACUCGAGUUUCUUUUUUUGAAUCCUUUAUCUUGGGAUACUAUGGUACAUCAAGAAAUCAUAGACUCUUUGAUUGCUAAUGGGCAAGCAUUAAAGUUUCUAGAAUUAUCAGGUAUAAACGAAAUGAAUACCGGCAGGAUUCUAUCUGCCUGUCCGAAUCUAAUUGAUUUUAUAUUUUGCUCUCAUGGAAACAACAAUUAUGCAUUGUUGACGAAAAUCGCGAAAACUGCCCCAGUAACAUUACGGCAUUUAAGAAUCAAUAUUAAUGGACAUCAGAUGUCAAUUGCUGAACUUCGUAUAUUCCUGGAAGACUUGCAAUUUAAGCUCAAAUCGUUUCACGUUGGCGCUCCGCACCCAGAAGAUUUAAAAACCUUUUUAAAUUCUAACAGAAUAAAGGAUACUUAUCCUCCCGGAAGAAUUGAAUUUCUGCGAAAAAAGUUUAUUCCAACAUUUGGUCUCGAAGAAAAUCGAUUCGCGCGCAUCCCGGAAGAGUUUUUUGGACGUUGA